AUGGCCGAUCUCGCUGUGACACACCCCGUCGUCUUCGGCACGUAUCGCCUCAACGAUUUGCCCGUGCUUGAUCUUGCCGUGCGCCAAGCCAUCGACGCUGGCGUCACCCUGAUCGACACAGCGGUGAUGUACAACAACGACGAGGCCGUCGCCAAGAUUGUGCGCGACACGCCGGCAAGGGUGGGCACCAAGUUCAAGUUCCCGCGCACGAUUGCGGCCGAUUUGUCUCGUGCCAUCGAGCUCUUCGGGCCGAACCUCGAGCGCGUGCUUCUCCACCGGCCGAUGCCUUACACCGCGUAUGCCGUGCUAGAGGAGGCCCGUGAGCGCGGCCUGGUGAAGACGAUCGGCGUCUGCAACUACUCGUAUCGGCAGCUCGAGGAGCUGCUCAGGGAGACAUGCGAGCGUGGCUUCGCACCACCCGACAUCGUGCAAAACGAGCUGCAUCCCGCCCUCAACACCCCAGUGAUCGCCCUCUGCUCUCAACACGGCAUCGUCUUCGAGGCACAUUCAACAAUGAGCGCCGCAACGCAUCUCGCCCCGAUUGCGUCGCGCGCGUCGUCCGGGGUCCUCACGCCCGCCACUCUUGCGCUGCUCCACUGCAAGGCGGUUGGCGCUCACGCGCUCUGCAUCACGACCACCAAGUACGAGCACCUGCAGGAGAACCUGAAGGCUUCCGCAACGCCUGAGCCAGCCCGCGUGCUGCAGGAGCUGCUGCCGAAGGAUGCGCUCGAUGAGCUCGCCCUCCUCCCCUCAACACAUCCGAGCUGCCGGUAUGGCCGGCAGGCGACUGGCGAGCGCGACUCUGACGCGCCGCACCCUCUGCGCCUGGCGAUGGCGCUGGCAAUGCUCGAGAAGGACAUGCGCGCCUUCCGAGCGGGCGGCGUGCCGUCCGAUCUCUGCCUCAGCUUGCCCAAGGUGGCGCGCGCGGCGCCUCGGUCGGUGAAUGGCUCGCUUGAGCUGGCUCGUGAGCUCGCCGCCCAUAUCUUUGGUAUCGGCCAGCCGGGUGCCGCCAAGUUUGACGGCCUGCUCACGAAGAUGCGCGCCAAGGUCGAGGAGAGCAAGGCGGAGCGGAAGCGGUCAGCCAAGGCGAUGAUGACGUGCAAGAUCGGGCCGGUGGACGCCGUAGAGAAGGCGGAGGAGCUGCCUGUUGACGUCCCCGACGGCGACACCUUCGAGGCGCUCCUGCGUACGCUCGAGGAGGCGCGGGGGCCCGUGGCGCGGCUGACGACCGCGGGCGCACUAACUCGCGACGGCCGUCUCGACCUGUGCAAGCAGGUCGUGCGGCCUCGCUUUGGUGACCUCGUGGAUUCGAUUGUGGGGGCGGCCCCGGGGGUCGUCGCUCAUUUCCUUGUUGGCAAUAACAUCAUCUUCAAGCGCCUCGCGACGACCAGCAACGCCUUGUCCUCCAACGACGCGGACACCGGCACCGACGACGACGCGAGGAUCAUGGUCGACGCGCAUGCGGACGAGCCGCUCUCUCCGUCGUCGCGCGUGGUGGCCGAUAAUCUCAAGGCCUUCGAGCAGCUGGCGGCUUCGGCCCAGCCCAUCCGCACCUUCUACCUCGCCGGCAACGGCAUCACUGCCAAGUCGUCGCAGCCGAUCGCCGCGGCCCUCCUGCACGCGCGCUCGCUCGAGUCGCUCUGGCUCAAGAUGAACCCCAUCUCGACCGGCGCGUACCACUUCGGCGCACUGGCCGCCGCGUCGCCCACCCUCGUCCUCCUUGAUCUCUUCAACGCGGGACUACUCGACGCCGGGCUCGCCGCGCUCGCGGAGGGCCUCUCGGGCGGCGGCCUACAGCUCGCGCCUCCACUGCAGCACCUUUACCUCAACGUGAACGGCCUGACCGCCGAGGCGAUGCCGUCGCUGCUUCAGAUCGUGUCUUCGCUUCCCAAGCUCGAGUCGCUCUUUAUCGGCGAGAACCAGCUCGGCGACGACGCAGCCGCAUUGCUCGAGCGCAUGCCCACCCGUCCGCUGCGCCGACUGGAGCUGGGCUCCAACGGCCUCACCGACGCGGCGCUGCCCUCUCUCCUCGCUUUCGCCACGCGCCACCGCGACACCCUCCGCUCCCUCGAACUGUCCUCUUACAAGUCGACCCACUACUUCCGCCUCAAGCCCAAUCUGCUGGCAUCGACUCCGGCAGGGGCGGACCACCUCGUCGCCAUUACCAGCACCGGCCUCGCCUACCUUGGCCUUGACAACUGCUUGCCGUCCCGUGCCGUCGCGGCGGCGCUCUUGGCGCGCCUGUCAACUGGCACAGCAGCGUGCUCCAUCAACGCCCGCCAGCGCCGCACAGCGCACGACGACGAGGGCCCUUCCCCGUUGGCAGAGCCUCGCCGCGCGACGGACACAUCUGCAUUUCUCACCGCCGCCGCCGUCACCGUCGUCAGCUUUGCCGCACUUGGCGCUGUGCAAGCCCGCUCUACAGCGGCGGCGUUGGCGGGGGUGACGGCCGGCCUAGCUGCGGCGAUGGCCGGCAUACUCGUCGCAUCGGGUGCGCUGCAAGCCCCGACAAACGGAAAGUCCACCACAACGCUUGCCGCGGUGACAUACGGCUCGUCCACCUUCUCACUGCUGAAGCAUGAGACUGAGGAGCUGCAGGCCAUCCGCCGCCCGCCCCAGCUGCAGCACAUCUUCUCAAUUUACCGCAACGCGAUGUGA